UUUUUGCCCAAAAAUAGGCAAAAAUUAGCUGCGCAAAUCAUGGGCCAGCUCAGGAGAAUAUCUGGCAGUCAUGGACCUAAGAAAAAAUCGACAUUUAAAAGCAAAUUAACGAGGAAUACAGGAAUAGAUACAAUAACAAAUAUCCCUAUUAGAUUAUCUAUUUGGCCACUAUUAUUGGUAACAUCUGUAACAUUCUUGACCGGUUUAACAUUUGUUGAAACGCAAAAUGCAUGCAGAGAUUGUACACAACGUGGAUGUUUUUGUGUUGGAGAAAAGGGGGGGAUGGGCCCUCCAGGACCGCAAGGACCGCCAGGACUAGCUGGAAGUAGAGGAUUUCCUGGCCCGGAAGGAUUGCAAGGACCAAAAGGCCAGAAAGGCGCACAAGGUCCACCUGGACCGCCUGGACUGAAAGGAGAUAGAGGACCUAUUGGCGUACCUGGAUUUUCUGGCAACGAUGGAAAUCCUGGAAGACCUGGAGAAACUGGUCCACCAGGACCACCCGGAUGGGAUGGUUGUAAUGGAACUGAUGGUCUUCCUGGUCUGCCUGGAAUGCCGGGACCACCUGGGUUGCCUGGAUUUCCUGGAACAGCUGGUCUAGAUGGACCAAAAGGAGAGCCAGCCAUUGGAUAUGCUGGUGCGCCAGGAGAAAAAGGAGAUAGCGGUGUUCCUGGUGUACCUGGACUUUCUGGCCCGCCAGGUAGAGAUGGAUAUCCUGGUGAAAAAGGAGAUAGAGGAGAUAUUGGACCAGCAGGCCCGCGUGGUCCCCCUGGUGAGGUUGGACUGCCUGGUAACCCAGGAAUUGGAAGUAUUGGUCCAAAAGGAGAUGAGGGUGAUUUAGGACUGCCUGGUCCUCCUGGACCACCAGGUCCAAGUGAAUUCACGGGUCAGGCUGCAAUUAUUGGUCCAACUGGUUUUCCGGGAGAGAAAGGUGGAAAGGCGAGAGAACCGGGACCAAGAGGAUAUCCUGGCCAAGCAGGAUUACCAGGCCAGCCUGGAUUGUCAGGAAUUAAAGGAGAAAAAGGAUUGCCUGGCCCUGCUGGUCCUAGAGGAAAAGAAGGCCGACCAGGACAUCCAGGCCCACCUGGUCUUAAAGGCGACCGUGGUGUUGACGGUAUUUCCGGUGUACCUGGCCCACUAGGCCAGAAAGGAGAACAAGGAUAUCAAGGAAGGGAUGGAACUAAAGGAGAAAGAGGCCCUCCUGGCCCACCUGGUGGUGGGGAAUUCUCUGAUGGACCGCCUGGACCACCUGGCUUGCCUGGUCGUCCCGGUCAACCAGGCCUGCCAGGAAAUGACGGUUAUACAGGCCCGCCAGGUCCACCCGGACCACAAGGAUUACCUGGAGGCGUCGGAGUGCCAGGAUUGCCUGGUUUUGAGGGCGCUCCGGGAAUUAAAGGAGAGAAGGGAGAUUCUGGAAUUCCCGGAGCUCCAGGCAUUGCUGGACCGCCCGGUUUGCCUGGAUUAUUAGGACCGAAAGGAGAACCUGGUCCAAGAGGAACACCGGGUAUAGCAAUUGCUGGACUACAAGGCAAAGAUGGACGUCCAGGAUUGGAUGGUGCCCCAGGAAGGAAAGGAGAGAUGGGAUUAACUGGAAUGCGAGGUAACGAGCUGUUGAAACCAACUAAAAACCAACAAAAACAAACCAACUAACAACCAACUCUACAUACCUUAUUUUUACUUUUAAAGGCCCGCCUGGCGAUUCAUUAA